UUUCCAAAAAAAAAAAUGGGGGGAGACCCAACACUUAAAAGCCCCCCGUUCACAACCCUAACCUAAUCGACGCAUCUCUUUGUUGAGCUGCGGCGGCGGUGGCGGGCAGUUCGUUCUUUUACCGAAUGCCCUCCACUCCUCGGCCGUGCUUCAGUAAUUACUCAUGUAUUUCAUAUACGCUUUUCAAUUUCAAAUAUCUGCCAUGGGAGCUUAUCCUUUGUCUGAGCAUCAUCCUUGAGCUUGUGAAGCAAACACCACCAGGUGUGUCCAACUAUAUAAGUUCAUCUUUGUCGAUAUAGCACAGGAAUUGAAGUAUGCGUUGAGGCUUCAUCAGGGUGUGGUGGGUGGAAGAUGUGUAUGACUCUGGUUUUUCUCAAGAAGUGUAUGGAACUUGUUUGAUUUCAAGAUUCGGGAGUUAGCUGCAAAUGGCGAACCUUCAUUUCAGAGCUCGUUCUCUUCAGAUCGAUUGGAUCUGCGCUAGAUUAUUGCAAUUUUUGUAUUGACAGUGUUGGGAGUCGAUUUCUUUCCGGUUCAGGUCUCCAACCCUUUUGCUAUACUCUCACACACCAUCCUAGGCUAGACCACAAUUAAAUACCAGAUUGGCCAAAAAGGGCGGCCUAGGCAGAUUGGUCCUAUAAAGGGCGGCCUAGGCAGAUUGGUCCGUUGGAGAUCUCCAAAUUGCUUGAUAUUCCUCUACACAAAAGAACAAACAUUAGAACCCUAGCAAAAUCUCUUGAAAUGUCAAAGUCACAAGUGCACAGGCUGGUGCAAGCAGGUGAAAUCAGAUCACAUAGCAGUGCAAUAAAGCCAUUUCUUACCGAGGAAAACAUGAAAAAAAGGUUAGAGUUCUGUCUUCUCAAACUGAACCCUAGAAGUAUUGGAUUAACACCAACCUUUGAUGCAUUCUACAACUACGUUCACAUAGAUGAGAAAUGGUUUUUCUUAAGUAAAACUACUCAAAAAUACUACCUGCAUCCUGCUGAAAUAGAUCCGGUCAGGACUUGUAAAUCCAAAAGGUUCAUUACAAAAGUGAUGUUCUUGACAGCUGUGGCUAGGCCAAGAUUUGGUCGAAAUGAAGAGGUAUUAUUCGAUGGGAAAAUAGGGAUUUUCCCUUUCACAGUCAUUGAGGCGGCAAAGAGGGCAUCCAAGAAUAGAGUGGCAGGUGUGCUUGAGACUAAACCUAUGUUAUCUAUCACCAAAGACAUUACAAAGGCUUUUCUAAUUGAAAAAGUGGUGCCAGCUAUAAAAUCUAAGUGGCCUAUUCAUGGAAGCAAGACUAUUUUUAUUCAACAAGAUAAUGCCACCCCUCACAUUAAGUCAUCUGACCCAGAGUUUAAGGCAGUUGCUAAAGCUGAUGGGUUUGACAUUCAUUUAACAUGUCAACCCACAAACAGUCCUGAUCUAAAUAUUCUAGAUCUUGGUUUUUUUAAUGCCAUCCAGUCAUUGCAACACUAGUCUGCCCCAAAAACAGUUAUUGAAUUGGUUGAAUGUGUUCAAGAUGCAUUUGAAAAGUUAGAGGCAAAAACUUUGAAUGAUGUGUGGCUUACUCUACAAUGUUGUAUGACUGAAAUAAUGAGGGUGAAGGGGAGCAAUGUGUACAAGAUACCACAUAUUGGAAAGAAAAGAUUGACCAAACAAGGAAUUUUACCUGCAAGUGUUGGACCAGAUGCAGCCUUAAUUGAAGAAGCCUUGGAUCAUAUAAAUGGUGGGGGCUCACAUAAUAUAUGUGAGUCUGAACUGGGUCAAUUCAUAAGUGAAUAUAAGCAUCAUCUUCACAUAUGAACUGAUAAGGGACACGAUUUUAAAUACUCAUCAUUAUAGAUGGAGUGUGUUUUGAACAUAGAUGCACCAUGUUAUGUGUAGAUUCAAUGCAUUUUGAAUGCAAUCUAGUAUAAAUGCAUUGUUUUUAGAAUACUGUUUCAUAUAGAGCAGUAUGUUUUGAAUAUAGAUGCACUAUGUUAU